CACUCUCCCUCAUCCAUUAUCAUCCCACUCCCAGAGCUCCUCCACAACACAGUGCCAUUGAUGCACUUUCGCCAAUUUUGCUCCACCACUGCUAACUUACUAGUGCCUACCUGCCCGCCCUUGAUUGCUUCCGUCUUUGUCUAAAUUAGCAGACAGGAAACCCCCCCCCAAAAAAAAAAAAAAGAAAGAAAGAAGUCGAAGAAUUUGAGAAUUACAGAUACGUUAACAUAAUAAUACUAUAGUAUUUUCAUAGAGUGUGUGUGUAUAUAUAUAUAUAUAUAGAUAUAGAUAAAAAAACAUGCUUUCCGCUGGAAUCUAUUCUUCUUCGCAUAUGUUGAUGUACCAGAACCACCAGCUCCUCCCAAAACCAAAAGCCGGUCGUCCCAUUUUCUCAAGAACCAUAUCAGCAAUUCGGUGCUCUGCCUUCGCCUCAUCAUCAUCAACGGUGGCGACCCAAUUCGACCUUAAAACUUAUUGGACCGGUCUCAUCGAAGAAAUCAACCAGAAGCUGGAUGAGGCCAUUCCGGUCAAAUACCCCCAUCAGAUUUAUGAGGCCAUGCGUUACUCCGUUCUUGCCAUGGGUGCCAAGAGGGCCCCACCUGUCAUGUGCGUCGCCACCUGCGAGCUCUUCGGCGGUAACCGUCUCGCCGCCUUCCCCACCGCCUGUGCUCUUGAAAUGGUCCAUGCUGCUUCCUUGAUUCAUGAUGAUUUGCCCUGCAUGGAUGAUGAUCCAUCCCGGCGAGGUCAGCCCUCAAGCCACACUGUAUUCGGUGUUGACAUGGCAAUUUUAGCUGGUGAUGCUUUAUUCCCUCUUGGCUUCCGCCACAUAGUCUCCCAUACGCCGACUGAUCUCGUUCCUGAGACUCGCCUCCUCCAGGUUAUCGCGGAGAUUGCAAGAUCCGUGGGAUCAACUGGGAUGGCUGCCGGUCAGUUCCUUGACUUGGAAGGGGGACCCAAUGCAGUUGAUUUUGUGCAAGAAAAGAAAUAUGGUGAAAUGGCCGAGUCCUCUGCUGUCUGCGGUGGCCUGUUGGGCGGCGCUUCGGAUGAGGAACUCCAACUGCUGAGAAAGUUUGGUCGAGCUGUUGGCGUGCUAUAUCAGGUCAGAAGCGAUGUGUUGAAGGCGAAAAUAGAAACUCGAGACAAAGACGAGGACAAGAGGAGUAAGAGUUAUGUAGGAGUAUACGGCGUGGAGAAGGCUAUGGAAGUGGCUGAGGAUCUCAAAGCCGAGGCCAAGAAAGCAUUAGAGGGCUUAGAGAAAUAUGGUGAGAGAUUGCUUCCGCUCUACAGCUUUGUGGAUUAUGCGGACGAUAGAGGUUUUAGUCUUGAUGCGGGGAUUUAGAGGGAAAAACAAGAAUGCCAAACUUAGUUCCAAUAAUGUGUGUAUGCGAUGGUGUAGGAGGAAACCUUUGCGGUACCCGUUUAUUUGCCCCCAGUAGUUAAUGUGGUAAAAUGUUGUCUAGUUCAAUGCAGUUUCAGACUCAAUUGGGCUGACCGUUGGAUUUAUUAUUCCUUGUUAUUGUAUAUUUGUACUGCUAGUCGUGGCCACAAAAGGCAAAAACAAC